CUCCCCCACAUGGUCAACCGGGCGGGCGCAUCUCAAUUUGCCGAACAUGCAACUUUUUUUGUUGUUGAAAGAAAUUUGACUGUUGACUGAAUCCCCAUCCCAUCCACAUACUCUCUAGCGCAGGAACAAAAGGAUCUGGGAUCGAGGACUCAAUUUAUCUCGUGCGCAUCCAGAUUGCACCCUGCCAUAUGCAAACCGCGCGCAACGCGCUCAGCAUUUCAGCCUCUUGUUCCAAGGCUAAUUUAGGAAACCGUGUUGGGGUGAGUUGAAUGUGUAGCAGCAGCACACAGCAAAGUCUGACGUAGUUUAGUUACUAAAUGCGCAUAUUUCAUCAUUAAACAUUUUUUUAUUCAGAAAUUCAUCAAGACCAUUUGUUUCAUACCGGGAUUUAAAGUUAUGGACUCAACGGAGGAUAACGGGGAGAGCAAGGCAGCACUCCGUCCAUGCGCGCCCAGGUCUCUUCUCCUGCGCUGUCUGGUCGGUUUCCCUACGGUGGUGUGUUUCAUGUUGUCCCUGAGCUCCAUAGCCAUCUGCCUGCUCAUGAGCUUCAAGACUUACCAACUGGAGAACCGACUGGAURCGCUGGAGUUGGAUAAAAACACAGUGUUUAACCCUCCGGAGAGCGCCUUCACGCGCGAGGAUGGGACUGUACUACCGGCACUAAGGAGUUCUAUCGAGACGCUCCUGCAAGAGGUCCUCCUGGAAAGCGUGGAAGGAUGGGAAGAAGAGGUGAUCCCGGAGCUCCAGGCCCGCUCGGCAUGGAUGGCAAACCAGGUCUCCCAGGUCCUAAAGGAAGUCAGGGACCAGCGGGACUCAAGGGAGAUAAGGGUGACCAGGGAGACAUUGGGCCCAGGAUGGUCUUUCCCCGCUAUGACCACGGCUUUAUGUCUGGUGACCAGUCCAACUUUCAGAGACGCUUGAUGAAGGGUGACCAAGGGUCCCCGGGCCCCAGAGGCCCUCCUGGGAACACAGGCAAGGACGGGCCCCGCGGCCCCGCUGGAGAACAGGGUUUCCCUGGUCACGAUGGUGUGGAGGGACAAGCAGGUGUACCUGGAAAGGCGGGUGAAGAUGGCGAGCCAGGAUACCCAGGGCCACAGGGACCCCCGGGGUCAAAGGGGGAGGCUGGUUUGCUGGGAGAGAAGGGUGAGAGGGGCAUGGACGGACUCCCAGGGUUUAAGGGAGACAAAGGAGAUAUCGGAGAGCAAGGCACCCAGGGAGACUUGGGUUAUCCUGGUGAAAAGGGGGUUCCUGGCUCUACUGAGGUCAUUGACUUCAAUGGGAAGCUACUAGAAGCCUUCCAGGCCAUCCAGACCAUCAGUGUCGGGGGCCCACCAGGUUUACCGGGGCCCCCAGGACCCCCAGGGGGGAAGGGAGAGCUAGGCUUGCCUGGGACAUCUGGACUAGAUGGGGAGAAGGGAGAUAUGGGGGAGACGGGGUCGAUCGGAGAGAAAGGAGAGAAAGGAGAGAUGGGUCUCUCUGGGCCAGGGGGGAUGGAUGGACAGAAGGGGGACAAGGGAGACUCCAGGCUGGAAGAUAACCUGGUUCAGAUGAUUUCUCAGCCGGGCCCUCCCGGCCCCCCAGGACCCCCUGGACCUACAGGGUACAUGGGUCAUCAUGGAACGCCUGGCCCUAAGGGAGAGCCUGGAGACAAAGCUAAAGGGGAGAAGGGAGACAUUGGACCUGCUGGACUGAGGGGUAUUGAUGGCCCUCAGGGUCCCCCCGGCUCCACAGGAUUGGUGGGUCUCCCAGGCACCAAAGGAGAGAAGGGCAAGUCUGGGGAGCCUGGAAUGGAUGGUUUCCCAGGCCUGAUUGGAGAGAAGGGAGACCGGGGAGACAGAGGAGACAAGGGUGACCGGGGGACGGUGGGGAAGAGAGGUCUGAAGGGUGGUAAGGGGGAGCAGGGUCCUCCUGGACUGGACCAGCCCUGUCCUGUGGGUUCUAGUGGGACUAAAGGACUUUCUGACGAGGAGGUACAGUCCGCUCCUCCCCCUCUUCCUCCUUCUGGCCUCGAGGCCUCCUGUCCUUUGGGACAGGAUGGACUGCCCAUACCAGGAUGUUGGCACAAGUGAUGACUAACAUCAAGCAUGGCCACUGUACAUAUUGAUAUGGUAUAUAUUGCAACUGAAUACUACAUCGCAUUUAUGUUCUUUUUUGCCUUUUUAUGGAAACGUUUUAUAUAAUAUAUAGACAUUUUUUGUUUGUUAUUUUGAGUCAACAAUAUUAACCAGACCGCAUAUAUCGAUCGAUACAGAUAUUUUUUGUAAACAUAGACUCUGGAUAUAAAGUAAAAUGGAGUCAAUGAGACACAGACAUCUUUGAGAAACAUCAAGACAGAGAAAUAAAGCAGCAAACAGACUCCCAACCUAACGGACAUACAGACACACGCUGGAAAGUGGAUGGAUAGGGAGAGUGGUCUUACUAAUGAGGUCUCGUCUGCCAUAUUGCUGCCUGGUCAUUCAUUUUGCAUGGGAGUGUGUGCUCGCGCCGCCCUGCUCAACCCCACGGAUGGACAGACCUCCUGGUGUGGUAAAUGGAGGAGUGUUGGUCAGUGCUCUUCUCCUCUCUCUGUUUUUUAAAGGAGGAGAAGGAGGAGGAGAGGAGGAGACAGAAGCUCAAACGCAAGCGUC